AUGUCUUGUUUUUUCAUUCAGAAAGCUCAACAUGUUGCAAGGAGAAAAGGAAGAGUUGUUGAGGAGGAUAUAUCUAAUUAUGUAUAUUUGAAAGAAUUACUACUGUCCCUCCGUAUGAAAAUGACUUUAGAAUUAAAUACGAGCAGUUUAUCUUCUUCAUUGCGUCCUACCAAUGCUGUUAACAAUUUCAUUCCAUCAAAUAGCGCAGUCAGCAAGACCACAGGUAGUAGUAAUAGUCAUUCUCCAAGCAGUAACGAUUCCGGAUUUCAUGGAGAUCAUUCAUUGAAACAACAGCACCAGCCAAGUCAUGGUUCCAAAAGUAGAGCUAACAUCAAGCAUAAGCCAACUUAUGUCAGCGUAUUUGCUUCAGAUCCUGAUCCUUCCAGUCCUUUAUUCGAUGAAUUCGAUCGACAUUUUGCUGCCAAUCGGCCGAAUUUUCUGAAGGAUGCACUUCGUCUACCCUUACAAGAUAACGAAGAUAUACGAUCGCCUUCAUCUGCAAUAAGCGCUCCGUUGAUUGCUCCCUCGAGACAGUCAAUAUCACCACCAUAUGUCACUACCAGCAUGACAUCACAUUCUGAGUCGAAUCUUUAUGACAAAAGUUCAAGAUCGAGUAAUCUUAAUUCUGAACAAGUUCAACUUCCUUUUGAAACAAACACUUCUCCCAUAACCUCGGGUACCUCUCAAGUGCAGUUACAUAAUGAGUGCUACUUGUCGCCUUUCAGUACAACAUCCUUUUCAAAGAAGUUUGCGAAGGAUAUGAAUCGUCACUGCACACUAGCUGUUGAUGAUGAUAUUGAAGAUGAAUCACGUAAAAAUAGCAGUUGCUUGGUGGAAAAAAACAAGUCUGAAGCAUCACAGGUGCAGCUGUAUCCGAAAAUUAAUGAAAAUGAAUCAGGGGAAGAGAGAAUCAAGAGUGGUCUCAGUACUUCAAGCUUGAUUGUUGAGCCAGAAGCAACUUGUGCUACGCUUUCUAAGUCCAUGGAUCUUCCUACCACAGCAUUGUAUCAUUCUAAUGAAUCAUCACAUUUUGAUGAGAGCGAGAAAAAGUUAGAAAAUAGUACCGGGAAAGCGCUACACGAUAGCAGUACAAGCAUCGACAAUCAGCCACCUUUUCAUCAAAUGCUCAAAUUUAGUGCUGAACCUACACUGGUUGACGUCAAAUCGUCAUCUGUUUCAUCUGUUAGCUAUAUGUCUGAUCCUGAUUCACCUAUACAAUCAGAUAUCACACCUAAAAUAAUACCGGUAGUGGUACUUUGUCCAUCUAAAACUAUUCCACAAUUUGGUGAGGGAAGAUGCGAGACCAGUGUUGAAGAACCUCCCUUGCAAAUCUUAUCACGUGAUCUUGAAUUUGUAACAAAGCCGGGUAUUCUGCAGGUGAAUUCUGAUAAAUGCACCAGUUGUAAGGACUGCCAUGAUUCAGAUGCUGAGUUUAAUCGUGCGAUGAAGUCAAAAUCAGAUGUUAAUACGGAAACAGUUCGUUUCACAUCAUUUGUACCUACCACAAAAUUUAGACCGAGUUUGCCCCACUUAUCUAAUCAAUUGGCAAAUGCCGAUGAGGAAAGUAGCAGCAGCACCACCACUUUAUCUCCUGCGAAUUUCACACAGAUCACUAGUGCUGCUUCUAGAAUUACCAGAUUUUCUCGAGAUUCUGCUUACUUGCUGCCAGAAAAAUCAUUGGAAUCUCCGGCUAAUACUGCCAGUUUACAGAAGUUUGAGCCGCUGCCGUCUAAAAUGGACAGUUAUGAACAUAAAAAAACUGAUUCUUUGAAAGAAACUCCAAGUUCCGAGUCACUGAAAACAAUAACUAAAUCUAAUCGGUCUUCACUUGCACAGUCGACUAAUUUUUGUGCUGAAGAAUCAGCUAAUUUUAGCAAAACUUCUAUUUCUCUUGCAAGGAAUAGCAGGUCAUCUAUUUUUGAGCAUUCUCCUCCAGAUUUAACUUUAUCCGAGAAGACACUUUCUUUUACAUCCAAAAAUUCUGAUUCAUCAGAUUUUGAAAAAUCGAAAUAUCAGCAGAGUAGUGAUAGAAUGAUUCCCACUACAACAAGGUCCAAUGAAAAGUCUGAAAAGUCUAUGGUGUCGUUCAUCUCACGUCGUGCGAGAGAUAGUGAAAAAUCGGUUCCGUUCAGUCAACUCAUUGAAAAGCUUUGUCAAUAUCAGUUUACAAAAGCCGACAAUGGUGUGAUUCCAAAACCGAAACCUAUUCAACACACUACUAGCAGUAAUGUUUCGGUUGUAAAGGAAACCAAAGCAGGGAAAGUUAGCUUCUUGAAAGGAACUUCAGUGAAUUCCAUCACUGCACCAGCAAAAAGUAUUCACGCUUUCAUUGAGAGAAAGUCUCCUACCGCUGAAACGUCUCGAAGCAAAUUUGGGGCAAUCCAAGGAAAUUUUAAUGCUUCUUCUAAGGCAGGCACUCCGUUUGCGAAAGCGAAAGCAACUUUUGAAAAGGAUGCAGGACUUGAAACAGCUAUCUCUUCUGGUGUUGACAAAGAAAUUUGUACUGAUAUUGAAAGGAAUGUUGAAACAGAGGAUUCAACGAAUAUUGAGGUAGCGACAUUGAAGCAAAAGGAUUUACCAGAAAAAUCGUUGUCUGUGAGAGAAAAGGAUUCAGAAGCAAUUGAGCAUUCAUUGUUAUCAAAGGAGAAUACGGUUACGAAAAUUAGUAUGAAGGAUAUCAAAAAUAAUCCAAUCCAGGAAUGCUAUUCUCAACGAAAAUCUCUUUCUACGAAUUUACGAUCAACAGGCAUUUCGGAGGCACGUGAAGAAAAGUUAGACAAAGAAAAUGGUUUUGUUAACAUUAGAAACGAAGAUGUGGAAAAAGUAAUUCAGCAAAAAUGUAUUGCUAAGGAAACGAAUUACAGAAAUCAAGCGACUCGUCAAGAAGCAGUGUCUGUAAAAAGUACCGCUGGAGGACUUGACUUUUCGAGGUUUGAGGAUAUCACCGCAGAUGAUGUGAUCGGAAGGCCACUUGAAGCUGAUGAAGCUGAACAUGUGGCACUCCAGACGUUUCGAGAGGUCACCUCAGGUGACGAAUUACACAGUCGUUGUCAACCAUCUGAAUCGGAAGUAAGACAUAAUUUCCAAAUUUCUUUGAGUAAUGAGAUAGUUGAGAUUUUUCAAAUUUUUCUAAAAUUCUGUUAUUACAAUUGUGUGUUAUUGUUCAGGAAACAUCAUCCUGAAUUUCAGUUGUUGGAAUGUAAAAAUUUGCUGCAUGACAAAUUUGUCGAUUACGAGAUUUUCAAAGUAAUACUGAAAAGAUCGGCAAGUAAUCCGGAAGGUUCAGUUGGUGUUACUUUAAGUUCAGCAGCAUCCGGUGACCGUUAUAUUUCUGUGAGUUUUAUUGAAGGUAUUGUGCAACGGGUGAUAUCAGGUAGUAUCGCGGAUCGUAGCGAUCUAAUUGAAAAAGGUGAUCGUGUUUUUUUUGUGCAAGGCCAUUCAACAAAACAGAUGUCAGCGGCAGAUGCGAGAAUUUUAAUUAAGCAAAAAACUGAACAUGUAGUCUUCGUACUUGGACGGUUGAAAUCGAAAUUGCUUGAUGCAUCGGUCGAACCAACAAAAUUUAUGUCUGGUGGUAAAACUAUUUUAAUCGGUCACUGUGUACAAAAAAUUACUGCCGAUCCCAAUCUCUUCAACUAUUCAACAGAUGUUGAGGAAGUAGUACUUACCAAAGGGAACCUUGGUGUUGGCUUAGCACUUGACGGUGGACGCGGUUCCAUGUUUGGGGAUCGACCAAUCGUUAUUAAACGAGUUUUUGAGGGUGGUUCUGCAGCACGAAGUGGCCGUAUAAAAGUUGGAGACCAGGUGACUACAAUUGAUGGAAUUGAUAUUAGGGGCAUGAGUUAUUUAGAAGCAACGAAAACUCUCCGCUCACGACCUGAAGGACCACUGAAGUUUGCCGUACUUCAUCGUUUGUAA